AUGUCCACCGCGCCACGCCCGCGGUCGACGUCGACGUCGCGCGAGCGCGCGCACGGCGAAAGAGGACGCGCGCGAGACGCGGACGCGGACGAGCGCGCGGCGCGACGACGACGAAAGCGAGCGAAACGAGAGAAACGAGAGAAACGAGAGACGCGAGCGACGCGAGACGAGCGAGAGACGCGAGAGACGCGAGACGGGGGCGCGCGAACGACGACGACGACGACGGACGGGGUGGACGACGCGCGCGGGAGGACGGACGCGGGUGGGGUGGAGACGACGGACGCGGCGCGCGGCGCGGCGGCGGAGACGGCGGAGACGGCGGAGACGGCGGAGCCGCCGCCGCCGCCGACGGGACCGGCGAUGACGCUGGAGCAGUAUCGAGCGUACGUGGCGACGCAAUCGCACGUUCGGGGAACGAUCCACGCGACGCCCGAGGAGGAAAAGGUGGCGCGAGAGGAGAAGAAGAGACACGGGUGGUGGCCGUGUCAGUCGUACAAAUGCUCCGGGAAGACGUUGAAUCCUCGCGCGCUCGAGCGGUGCGACGCGUGCGGGGCGCUGCGACGAUUAGACACCGGGUCGUCGUUUUCUUUCACCGCGAGCGCGGCGCAAGUUCGCUGGAAUUCGGACCUUCGACGUAAAUGA